CUGCCGUUUGGUCAAUUUACGUCGUUCUUUUGGGUUCUGACAGCAUGUCCACCACGUCAGAUGAAGAUGAAGCAGUUGCUGAGGAUAGUGUCGUUGAUAAAGACGCCAGUCGUUCUCAACGCGGAUGUGGCCGUUCUCUGAACAACGGUCGGUCUUCUUGUGAGCCGUCAGAUGGUUGUUCUUGCCCCUUGUGUUAUUGCUCAUACUCCAACAGUAACUCGCUUUGGCAGCAUAUCAAUCUGGAGCACAUCUCGCGCUCUCAUUUUCCCGCUGUGUCGUUUCUGUCUGCUCACGGGCGUCGUCUUUGUUCUGUUUGCGGCUUUGCCUAUUCUGCACAUUGGAAGAUCUGCCGACGUUCUCAAGGCUCUGGUCGCGCAAGAUGUGGUGGUGUGAUGGUUGAUCCGUCUUCUUCGUCGUGGUUUUCUAAGAUGGCGUUAGAAUAUGAACAGGAAGGUGUGGACGCAGUUCUUCUUGAUUCUGCUCAUCCUGAAGAUGUUCCUGGUGUGUCAAAUGCUUCUAUAUCUGGUCCUUCUGCUGCUCAAGCAUGCGAUUUUGAUGAGCCUGUUGUGGAAGCAAUCAGGGCUGCAUGUAACCUUGCGUGCCCCGUCCAUCUUGAGUCGGUUUUGUUUGAAGCCUUGAUGCAGGAAAUUUCUUUGUUGCCAGUCAAGACUGUUGGUCACAUUCCAUGUUCAGUCCGCCCUGCUGUUGCUGAAGCCCUUGCCACAGAAUUUAGGAAUGCCACUCAUCAUGGUCUGUGGGGUUAUGCACGCUUACACAUGUUUGCUAAGGCUGUGUUGAGAUGUCCACCAAGAGGAGGCAAGAAAAAGCGCGUUAUAGUUAAGGCUAUGUUACUCUCCCGGUUAGAACAGUGGACUUCUGGCAAUCUUCUGGGUCUUUGGUCUGAGGCUAGACUUGAUGCUGAUUCCAGAAAGUCGAUCUUUCCCAAGUCUUCUUCUGUUGAGCAAGCCAACCGAAAACGAGCAUUAGCUUAUGCCAGAGAGGGUCGUUACCGAGAAGCUAUGCGUUCUCUUGGCUCUUUGGGUACUGUCAAUCCCAACAACAAGAAGGCUCAUGAAGAAUUACGUCAGCGUCACCCUGCUCACGCUGUGCCAGGUCAUACUGAUGAGAUUCCUUCUCCUCUGUCUGCCAGUUUGGAUGCAGUUCUAGCUGCCCUUCAAUCUUCUCCUCGUGGUUCCAGUCCUGGUGCUUCUCAAUUAAAUUCUCAACAUUUGCUUGAUGCUAUUGGUACAACAACACCCUCAGCCAAGCAUUGUCUGGAGAACUUGACAUGCUUGAUUAACUUUCUUCUUUCUGGUCGUGCAGACCCCAGAAUAGCUCCCUGGUUGUGUGGAGCUCCUCUUACUGCUCUGCUGAAGAAGCAAGGUGGCAUUCGCCCAAUAGCAGUUGGUGAGGUUCUGCGUCGACUAAUCAGUCGCUUAUGCUGUUCUGCUGUGAAGGCAGACUUGCCAGACACUUUUUUGCCUUAUGGUCAGGUUGGAGUUGGGGUCCCAGGAGGUGUAGACGCUGCCAUACAUGCUCUGUCUAGUUGUAUAGCACGCUAUGGGUCGGAUCCUUCUCUUUGUUGCCUCAAAAUUGAUAUGACAAAUGCUUUCAAUGAAUGUUCUCGCGUUUCAUUUUUGGGUCGUUUACACAAAGAGUUUCCAGCCCUUUUUGGAUGGUCAUCAUGGUGUUAUCACUGCGAAAGUAUGCUAUCCUUUGGCUCUUCAUGGAUUAAGUCAUGCGCAGGAGUGCAGCAAGGGGAUCCCCUUGGGCCACUUCUUUUCUCCUUAGUUGUUUUAGAGUUCUUGGAUGAGUUGGGGCCAUUACCUGAUUUCAAGCUAAAGGUAUGGUAUUUGGAUGACGGAUUGUUCGUAGGUUCGCGUUCUUCAGUAGCUGGGCUGUUAGACCUCUUAAUAUCCAAAGGUCCCUCUUUUGGUCUGCAUGUCAAUUUGAAGAAAUGUGAAAUAUUCUGGCCUUCGGGUGAUCAGGAAUUCCCUGCUUUCGCACCUGAAAUUCAGCGAAGUGUUAAUAUCUAUGGUGGUAUUGACUUUCUUGGCUGUCCAGUAUACGGACCUGACUCCUAUGUUUGUGAGUUUGUUUCCCAACGUGUGGACAGGAUUUUGAACUGGCAGGAUCGUCUGUCAGCUUUGGAGGAUCCCCAAGUGGAGCUUCAUCUCCUGAGGAGUUGCUUGAGCCUCUGUAAGCUGAAUCAUAUCAUCAGAACUGUUCCUGGCUGCAGGAUUGACGAAGUUUUGUUACGUUUUGACAGAGUGCUUCAUCAUAGCUUGGAGUGGUCUCGGUCUACGUGA